AUGAGGAAGGACCACAGUGUGAAUCCAGGGUUGCGUGAAUCAGAAAAAGAAGCCUAUCAGUUGAUACAGGAAUGUCUAGGACAGGAGAAUAUGUCCUUGUUCGACAAACUGAAUUUCCUCGGUGCUGUGGAGACUUUGAGUGGUGCUGUGCAUGUCCAGGCAGAGAGCAAUAUGAACAACUACUUUCCCAAAAACAUCCUGGCCAGGAAAAUUGAGUCAUUGAUCCUGGAAGAACCCCUAGAGACCCUGGACAACUUCGUGCGUCAGAAAGCAAUGCUCUGCACUGUGGCCUUGAGCCAGCUGAAUCCGUCAUUCUACUUAUCCCAGAAGCUGGACCUGGCCAAUGCUUGCAUCUCCAGGGUGUUCCCUUUGCCACUCAUCAUGCCCAGCUUAGACCGAAGGGAGAGUGCUAGUCUCUACCUCCAGACUGUCCAGGCCUUAGAUGACAUGUUGCAAGCUCUCGUGAUGGACAAUAUGAAGCCUGACAUGCUCAUAUUGCAAAACUUCCUGGAGAUCAUCCUACCUUGGGUAACACAGUCAGACAAAGUGCACGAACAGACCCGGGCCUUGGGCACUAUUUCCCGGUUGCAAAGAUUUAUUUGCAAUUUCCCUGAAGUGUUGCAUAUGCCGCUGUUCUCCAUGAGCGGGAAGCUGAUGGGCAUCCUGGGCCUCAUGUGCGUGAACUCCAACCAAGAGAUCAGCAUGGAGGCCUCGGAGGCCUUGCAUUACUUGUUCAAAAUCCUUGCGCUUCAGAGAGCCACGCCCCAUCACACCAUUUCCUAUGCUACAGGACUCAAAGGGGGUGGCAUUCAGGAGCUUGACCUUACACCACAGAAUAGCCAGACACAGUUCUUUAGGAAAUACCUGACUCCCAUGGAGAGAGCUGAUGUGAUCAUGGUGGCCCUGGAGGCCAUGAUCAGCACCAACAGGCAAGACAUCCUCGCAGCCUCCAAGGUGUUAAAGAUGAUCCUGAAGUACAGUCUUCCAGAAAUUGGGAAGGUGUCGGAAAUCAUCGAGUACAUUUACUUCCACAUGUACCACAUCACAGAGUCCACCACCCAAAGCACCAUCAGGAGGAUCCUUUACCUGCUGGUCCAGUCCUACACCGAUGAGGUUAUCCUGACGCUGUUUAAGAUUAUGGAUGAGUCACAAAAAGAGAUACACCAUCCCUGGGAGAUCCUGGCAUCCUUCCCGAAAGGCUACGAGAUGAUCAUGGAGUAUCUGCUGCAGAGGCUGAUUCCAUUGCAGGCAAAGAACGACCAGGAGCCAAGCAACCCAUCAAGGAUCUCCCCACUGAUUGCCACCAGGGCCAUCUACGAGCUCUUGCAGGAACCCAGUCGGCGGAUGGAGCUGCAUGGCUUCUUCUCCUCCCUGUUCGUAAGGCUGCUCUUCCAGGUCUCCCUUCUGGUGCUUGAAGGAAGUGCUGAAAUGAUCCAGGGUCAGCAGCCUGUAAUCGAAUGUGUGGACCCUGUGAGUUCUACAGUGGAGGCCCUGAAGACCUUGAUGUGCAGUUCUGGGUAUGAGGAACACAUGGAGUAUGUGAACAUAUUUGGGGGUUGGAAUCUGCUUGUGAAUCCCGAGAAACACUAUGAUGGAGUCACCCUGCUGGCCAGGGCCCUGGUGAUCAAGAACUGUUGGCACAACCGCCCCAUCUUCAGCUUCAUCAUCAGGAUCCUCCAGGACACAAACUGCCCCAACCACGUAACAGCCCUUGUGUUCCUGACAGAGAUCUGCCAGCUCUCCCUCUGCCACACAGCCACCUUACUGGGCUGGACAAAGUUGAAAACAGUCUUCACCCAGAGAGAUGUGUUUGCCAUUCUCAGGAUCCUGCUGCAACUGGAGGCGAGCAAAGCCAUCUGGUUUCUGAACCAAUGUGUGACUCUCUUCAAGAGCCCACAGGUCUUCGUCCGCCAGGCAGCUGUGUGGUUUGCAGGCCAGAUCAUCCAAACCCUCAACCUGGAAGAGAUGGAUGAAGUUGAGGAUGCAUAUACAGCCCUGAGGCACAUGCAGAAGGACCCCGACCCCGUGGUCGGCUGCCUCACCACACAGACCCUCUACGUCCUGGAAGCCCAGAAGAAGGUGCUGCAGGCCAAGACCACCACUUCCUGCUUCUGCAGGAGGAGGCCCCGCAGGAGGUCUUUUGAGCCUGUGUCACUCACUAGGUUCCUAAAACUGUGACAGCAGGGCCAGGCUACUGAGCCCUGCACUAGAAAUUAUGUGUCCCCAAAGAACUUUGCUAAUAAAAGGAGAAAGCAUGUAGUUUUGCGGAAGU